CUGCUCUUGGCGUCAUGGCGACUCUUGUGCUGGCUAAUCUAGUGGACGCACAGGGAGUAUAUGCGGAUAUGCUUGCCAUUUUAAUAUUGGUGCCUGCGAUGGUGCAUGGGAUCCUUCCUAUUACAAUGUCUUUGACAGCAAGGCUAUGCAGUGACACACCCAUCAGCUCAGAGAAGAUUAGGGACAUAUGGGCAAGCCACAUAGCCACACACAGAAAUGCCGAGAGACACAUAUGUAUGCCUUCACCGAUUAGGAAUGCGAGACUGGAGCCACCCGUGACCACCAACUAUCAACCGGUUUGACGGACUAUAAUGCUGCGCAUUGGACGCGGAUGACGUUUACAAAG